AUGGCUGAGGCUAUGGCAGAUAAGACCCGCGUGCCUGACCAGAAGUUCACACGGGCUUACGGCGAAUGGGGUAAAGGCAGAUGGGGUGCCCUCCUGACCGGAAAUAUUCAGGUUGAUCCACGUAAUCUUGGAAAUUAUUAUGACCUUGCAACUCGUGAAUCCGCACCGAGAGAGGAUCAAUUAAAUGCAUGGAAGCAAUACGCCGCCUCCUGCCAGGAGCAGGGUACGCCAGCUAUCGCUCAGAUUUGCCAUCCUGGUCGCCAGUCCCCGAGAGGGGCAGGGGAAAGAGGCAUCUUUGGGACGCCAAUCGCACCUAGCCCAGUUCCGCUGAAGAUUGGGGAAGGCUGUGCGGCCACCAUCAUCAGAAACAUUGCUUUUGAUGUUCCUAAAGAAAUGACCGUUUCGGAUAUUAAACAGGUAGUGCAGCAAUUUGUGAAUUCUGCCCGGUUCUUAGCGGAAUGCGGUUUUGCUGGGGUUGAGCUCCAUGCUGCUCAUGGUUAUCUUUUGUCACAAUUCUUGUCCCCGAAGAGUAAUAUACGUCAUGAUAAGUACGGCGGUAGUCCUGAAGCGCGCGCUCGUAUCGUUCUUGAAAUCAUCAAAGAAACCCGCGCCGUGGUGCCAGAGAAUUUCUGCAUCGGACUCAAGCUCAACUCUGCGGACCAUAGCGCGUCGGACUUUGAGGACACUAUGAAACAGAUUGGUCUCUUUGCGGAGUCUGGAAUAGACUUCCUUGAGGUAUCAGGUGGGACAUAUGAGGACCCAACAAUGAUGGGCCGUGGGCUGAAAGAAGAGAUUGCAUCCGAGACUGUCCAGCGUACAGCAGCAAGAGAAGCCUUCUUCUUUGACUUUGCUAAGGAAACGAGGAGACGCUUCCCAGGUCUCAUCCUCAUGCUCACUGGAGGCUUCCGUAGUCGGCAAGGUAUUCAGGCCGCCUUAAAAGGCGGAGCGUGUGAUAUCGUCGGCAUCGGGCGCCCAGCAGUUGUUUGCCCAAACUUCCCUGAACUGAUCAUGGAUGAUAAAUAUACAGAUGAUGAGGCAAAGGUCAUUCUGGGAAAGGUACCAACCCCUCUAUGGGCGAGAAUCUUUCAGAUCCGUGUCUUGGGUGGAGGUGCGGAAACGCAAUUUUACGCUGGACAGAUUAAACGUAUGGCUACCGGGUAUGCUACCCAUGCGCCGUGA